UCAUGUGUUCUAUUUUCAGUUUCUUUCUAGUUUCUUUUUUCCCUCUUUCCUUUGAAAACUUCUCUACCCCGAUUUGCAAUGGAAUUCAAAAGCAUCAUACAUUUUCUUCAUGGCAAAAUAAUUCUAUUAACUGGUGUUACCGGCUUCCUUGGAAAAAAGUAUUAGAGCUGGUCAAUAAACUGCUAUGCCAAUAUUUUCAGGGGAUGUGCCUCGACCUAAAUCGAAAAAUUAAUAUUGUUAUGCGGUUGGUCGAUCUUUAUCUAGCUUUCUUGUUCUUCAAUGGCAUAUUUGAUGAUAUGAAUAUAAAAAGGUUGCUAUCAGCCGCAAAACAAGAAGAUGUAGAAAUGGAUUUAUUUUACUUUGACUCUCAAAUCAUUGAUUGGGAAGAUUAUUUCAUGAAUAUCCAUAUUCCCGGUAUCUUCAAGUAUGCCUUGAAGUGAUGUGUAUAUGAUCAAACAGUACACUAUUUGCACCCAUUUUUUUUAUCCAAAAAUAAAUGUGUGAUUAUUGUUAACGUAUGUUUUAUUAAUAAUCUCAAUGCAUUUGAGCGAUUGUAUUAAUGGAUACUCAAACUAAGUAUAAAACGGAGAAAAUUUAGCAAGUGUAUUUUGAUCGAACACAUAGGGAAUCAUUGAAAAUUUUACGCAUUUUAACAUGCGAACGAGUAUAUAUAUAAGACAUAAUAUGAAUACAAAAGAGUUGCUAUUAGCUGCAAAACAAAGAGGUGCAGAAAUGGAUUUGGUUUACUUUGACCCCAAAUUAUUGAUUGGGAAGAUUAUUUCAUGAAUAUUCAUAUUCCUGGUAUCUUCAAGUAUGCCUUGAAGUGAUGUGUGUAUAAUCAAACGAUUCACUAU